AUGCCUGCGGCGACGUCAUCUAAUAGCGCCGAAUCAGAUGGUGGGAUAGAUGGUGGGAUGAAUGGUGGGGAGAAUGCCUUAACAGCGUCAGGAACAACCACUGUCUCCAAACCUACCAGCACUUCAUCUCUGCCCAAAUCCGACAAACCUAAACCCCAUCGUUGCGAUUUGUGCAAGAGAGGUUUCGCACGUCUGGAGCAUCUCAAGCGGCACUACAGAUCACACACAAAAGAAAAGCCAUUCGAAUGCCCCCAGUGUAAACGGUGCUUUGCGCGGCGGGACCUUCUGUCAAGACAUCAGAAUAAGCUGCACUCAAUUAAAACACCUCUCACAAAAUUAAGAAAAGGAAGCUCGCAAGAAAGUAUGGCAAGUAGUGCAGCCGGAGCUGGUGGACCAAACAGGGUGCAAAAGAACUCUAUUGCUAAUCCAAGCAGAGGAGCAGGAGCGAUGAAUAUUACCAAUCCAAGCAGAGGCACAGAGACCAUGAGACCAAGGGCAAAUACGAUUAGCAACAUAGAAGGUGUUCAUCUACAAGUAUCGAUGGAUCAAGCAGCAGCAGCGUCUCUGACGGCGAGGAACCAAAACCAUGCAGUUUAUCCAAACCACGGCCAUAGCCGUCACCCUAGUCUCACGGAGCUGCCAAUGAAUCGCAAUUAUGGCUUUGGCGGACCGCGCGGGACAGGCGGAAUGUCCACCGCGUUGGAUAGCCGCGGUAUCAAUCAUGCAUUGCCCCCCAAACUUGAAACGUCUCUUCUCCACCGCAUGGAUUAUUCAAAUCCUUUGCGAACUGCGCCGGUCGCUGGAUGUUACUCUAAUUCCGCAUUUGAGUUCAACAACUUUAGAAACUUUGGAUUUCCACCUGGAGAUGGCUCAACGAUAAACCCCAAUGCCUUGCAUUUUAAUGACUCACCACAAUCGAUGGCCGUCGAUUCUGUUGAUCCCUUUCAGCCCAAUUUCUCAGAUAUGUCCACAAUCCCGAUGUUGGAUGACAACUUUGACUGGAGUCCGAUGGGUGCGAAUUUCAGCCAAAUGAACUUUGAUGGAUCCAAUGAGAAUGCCAUAGACGGUUCAUCCUCCUCUGUCAUCAGUACCGCCAGCCACAGUGGAAUCAGUGAAGGCGUUAUGCUGGAUGGUUCCAACACAACUGCAAACUCUACGUCUAUAUGGCAGCAACCUUUGUCGGGACAUCCUCUGAUGACAUCAAACUUCGUGGAUCAUGGCAAUCAAAGUUUUGCGAAUCUCCCGAAUGGAAAUUCUAUAUCUCCACACACUUUAUCGCACACUUUACCGCACACUCUACCGUACAAUUCACCGCACACUUUACCGCACGCUUUACCGUACACUCCACCGCAGAUUUUACCGUACGCUUCACCGCCACAAAUCCCCGGGACUUUAUAUUUUCCUACGCCGGCUCAAUUGGGCCCAGAUAGUAGCGGAAUGGGUAACUAG